ACCCCUAAAGCCAGCAGGAGCUUCGAAAAAGAAAAAGAAAAAAUCUGAAACCCUAAAAUUUAUCAGAAAUCUCUUCUCCUUGAUCCAUGAAAUCCCCUCCGACAACGACCUCAUCCCUCAUUCUCGUUCAUCUCAAACCUAGGGCUUGAUUCUAAGCUCUGUUACUCUCUCUCUCUUUCUCAACAAUGUCUCUCCCACCUGUACAGUGUUUGUACGUUACAGAAGACUGCCUCCGUGAAUGGAAGGCUGGAAACCCUAGUUUCAAGCUCCAUGAUCCCGUUCCUAUGCUCCGUUUUCUCUACGAACUCUGCUCCAGCAUGGCUCGUGGAGAGUUGCCGCUUCAGAAGUGUAAAGUGGCAUUGGAUUCUGUUAUGUUCACGGAUAAGGUUUCUGCCGAAGAGAUUGGCUCCAGUCUUGCAGAUAUAGUGACCCAAAUGGCUCAAGAUCUUACAAUGCCUGGAGAAUAUCGGGCUCGUCUUACAAAGCUGGCAAAAUGGCUGGUUGACUCUGGGUUAGUUCCAUUGAGGCUUCUCCAUGAGCGCUGUGAGGAAGAGUUUCUUUGGGAGGCUGAAAUGAUUAAGAUUAAGGCUCAAGAGCUGAAGAGUAAAGAGGUUAGAGUAAACACCCGUCUUCUUUAUCAGCAAACUAAAUUUAAUCUUCUUCGAGAAGAGAGUGAAGGCUAUGCCAAGCUGGUUACCCUUCUCUGUGGAAACACAGAAUCGUCAUCAUGCAGUGUGUCAGGAGCAACUAUUGGCAUAAUUAAGUCAUUAAUUGGUCAUUUUGAUCUGGAUCCAAAUCGUGUUUUUGACAUAGUGUUAGAAUGUUUUGAACUUCAGCCUGAUAACAAUGACUUUUUGGAUCUGAUUCCAUUAUUUCCCAAGUCUCAUGCCGCACAAAUUCUUGGUUUUAAAUUCCUAUAUUAUCAGCGUAUGGAAGUAAACAGUCCCGUACCAUUUGGACUCUAUAAGCUUACAGCCUUGCUGGUGAAGGAAGAUUUUAUUGAUCUGGACAGCAUAUAUGCACAUCUACUUCCCCAGGAUGACGAGGCAUUUGAGCAUUAUAAUGUUUUCUCUUCUAAGAGACUUGAUGAGGCUAGAAAGAUUGGUAAAAUAAACCUCGCUGCUACCGGAAAAGAUCUAAUGGAUGAUGAGAAACAAGGAGAUGUAACAAUAGAUCUUUUCACAGCCUUAGCCAUGGAAACUGAGGCAGUUGCUGAACGGAUUGAGGAGCUUGAAAAUAAUCAAACAUUGGGCUUGCUUAGUGGUUUCCUUUCUGUGGAUGAUUGGUAUCAUGCAAAUAUACUCUUUGGUCGUCUCUCACAUUUGAAUCCUGUGGAGCAUAUACAAAUUUGUAACAGCUUGUUUAGGCUCAUUGAAAGGUCCAUCUCUUCGGUAUACAAAACUGUUCACCAAGCACAUCUCCAAAACAUUGGAUCUUCAUCUGGAGCUAGUCUUGAUGCAAUGGAUACAGUAACUUCAUCAGUGCGUGGUUCAUUCAUAGAUCUCCCUAAAGAAUUUUUCCAGAUGCUUGUUUCUGCUGGACCUUAUCUUUACCGUGAUACAUUACUGUUGCAGAAGGUAUGCCGGGUGUUGAGAGGAUUCUACUUGUCUGCACUUGAGCUUGUAGGUAGCGGUGGGGCACUUGCAAAUUCAGAAUCAGUUAAUGGUGUGAGUCGAGAUCCUCGUUUGCAUCUAAAGGAAGCAAGGUUAAGGAUAGAAGAAGCCUUAGGAACAUGUUUACUUCCUUCUUUACAAUUAAUACCUGCAAAUCCCGCAGUUGGCCAGGAGAUCUGGGAAGUUAUGAAUCUUCUUCCGUAUGAGGUGCGUUAUCGCUUAUACGGUGAAUGGGAAAAGGAAGAUGAGCGGAUGCCUAUGCUUCUAGCUGCCAGACAAAUAGCGAAGUUGGACACUAGAAGGAUCUUGAAACGGCUUGCCAAGGAGAACUUAAAGCAGCUAGGUCGGAUGGUUGCGAAGUUAGCUCAUGCAAAUCCAAUGACUGUACUACGGACCAUUGUUCAUCAGAUUGAGGCAUACAGAGAUAUGAUUGCUCCUGUUGUAGAUGCAUUUAAGUAUUUGACCCAGCUUGAGUACGACAUUUUGGAAUAUGUUGUGAUUGAACGUUUGGCACAAGGGGGGCGAGAUAAGCUAAAAGAUGAUGGCCUUAAUCUGUCAGACUGGCUUCAAUCCUUGGCUUCAUUUUGGGGUCACCUGUGUAAGAAGUACCCAUCUAUGGAACUGAGGGGCCUUUUCCAGUAUCUUGUGAAUCAGCUGAAAAAGGGGCUAGGGAUUGAGCUUGUUCUUCUGCAGGAGCUUAUUCAGCAGAUGGCAAAUGUCCAGUACACUGAGAACCUGACUGAAGAGCAGCUGGAUUCCAUGGCAGGGAGUGAGACUCUCCGAUACCAGGCCACCUCUUUUGGUGCAACACGGAAUAACAAGGCGUUGAUCAAAUCCACUAACAGGCUACGGGACUCACUACUUCCAAAGGAUGAACCAAAGCUGGCAAUACCCCUUUUGUUGCUCAUUGCUCAGCAUCGCUCUUUGGUUGUAAUAAAUGCUGAUGCACCUUACAUUAAGAUGGUUAGUGAACAGUUUGAUAGAUGUCAUGGAACACUUCUUCAGUAUGUGGAAUUCCUCUCUAGCUCUGUGACACCAGCAUCAGCUUAUGCUCAGCUGAUUCCCUCACUUGAUGAUCUUGUCCGUCUCUACCACCUUGAUCCCGAGGUUGCAUUCUUAAUAUAUCGGCCUGUAAUGAGACUGUUCAAGAUCCAGGGAAGUUCUGACAUCUUCUGGCCUUUAGACAGCGACCCAUCCAGUGUUGCAAUUGCAAAUUCAGAUUCUGAACAUGCUGAGCACUCUGGUGAUGCAGUUUUGGAUCUUGGCCCUUCUCGGAAGCCUUUGAUGUGGUCAGAUCUUCUGAAUACUGUUAAAACCAUGUUGCCAUCAAAAGCUUGGAAUAGCCUUUCUCCUGAUCUCUAUACUACAUUCUGGGGGCUCACUCUUUAUGAUCUUUAUGUUCCUAGAAAUCGGUAUGAAUCUGAAAUUUCCAAACAGCAUGCAGCUCUAAAAGCUCUGGAAGAGUUUUCAGAUAAUUCAAGUUCAGCAAUUACCAAAAGAAAGAAAGACAAGGAAAGAAUUCAAGAAUCUCUAGAUCGCCUGACUAGUGAGCUCCACAAGCACGAGGAAAAUGUUGCCUCUGUCCGUAGGCGUCUAUUUCGUGAAAAGGACAAUUGGUUGAGCUCAUGUCCUGAUACUCUUAAGAUCAACAUGGAGUUUCUUCAGCGUUGUAUUUUUCCACGCUGUACUUUUAGUAUGCCAGAUGCUGUCUAUUGUGCUGCAUUUGUACACACUCUUCAUUCCCUUGGGACACCUUUUUUUAACACAGUCAACCACAUUGAUGUUCUCAUUUGUAAGACCUUACAGCCCAUGAUAUGCUGCUGCACUGAAUAUGAAGCAGGAAGACUUGGAAGGUUCCUGUAUGAGACAUUGAAGCUUGCUUACCACUGGAAGAGUGAUGAAUCUAUAUAUGAACGUGAAUGUGGAAACAUGCCAGGCUUUGCUGUGUACUAUAGAUAUCCAAAUAGCCAGCGAGUGAAUUAUGGCCAGUUCAUCAAGGUACACUGGAAGUGGAGUCAAAGAAUCACACGCUUGUUGAUUCAGUGCUUAGAAUCUUCGGAGUAUAUGGAAAUUCGAAAUUCUCUCAUACUGUUGACAAAGAUUUCAAGUGUUUUCCCAGUCACUCGAAAGAGUGGAAUUAACCUUGAAAAACGGGUAAGUAAGAUCAAAAGUGAUGAAAGAGAAGAUCUCAAGGUGUUGGCAACAGGUGUUGCUGCUGCUUUAGCUGCUAGAAAGCCUUCAUGGGUUACAGAUGAAGAAUUUGGCAUGGGAUACCUUGAGUUAAAGCCUGCACCAUCUCUUGCUGCAAAGUCUUCAGUUGGUAAUUUUGUAGCCAUAAAAAGUGGUUCUGCUAUUAAUGUUUCUCAAAAUGAAUAUGUUGGAGUAAAAACAAAUGUUUCUGAUAUUUCUAAUUCAGUCAGAGAUCAGAUGCUGAAAGCAAGACCUGCUGAUGGGAGAACAGAAAGAGCAGAAAUUGCUUCCAAUAUAAAAUCUGAUCCAGGAAGUGUGAAGCUCAAAGGUAGCUCUUUAUUGAACGGGACAGAUGCUCAGUCAUCAAUGCCUCUGGCUGGCUUGUCAUCUGGGGCAUCUAGAUCACUUGAAAAUCAUAAACUAGUCGAUGACUCCAUGAACAGAGAAGAAAUUAUAGCAAAAGUCACCCCAAAGAACAGUGUGGAACCUGAGUUGAGAACUCAAACAAAGCGAGCUGUGCAAGCGGGAUCACUAGUGAAGCCACCGAAACAAGAUCUUGCAAAAGAAGAUGGUAGAUCUGGAAAAUCUGUUGGGAGAGCUUCAGGCUCUUCAACUAGUGACAGAGAUAUCACAUCUCAUACAUCAGAUGGAAGGCUGGGUGGGGUUACAAAUGUUUCUUCUGCUGUCUCGGUCAAUGGAAAUACAGUUUCUGCUUCAACUAAAGCCUCGGUUCCAUCCACGAGAGCAUCAGAUAUUCACAGUAGUGACUUAAAGCUAGAAAAUGCAGCUGCUAAGGCUUCUGAUUCUAGGAUUUCUGCAUUAAAGGACGAUGGUGUUGAAGCUUUGGAUGCCCCACGGCACUCCUCGUCACGACCUGCGCAUUCUCCUAGACAUGAUUCUUCUACUGCUUCUAAAUCUAAUGAUAAGCUGCAAAAGAGAUCUAGUCCUGCUGAAGAGGCUGACAGGCUAAAUAAAAGGCGGAAGGGGGAGACUGAAGUGAGGGAUUUUGAAGGUGAUGUUAGACACUCUGACCGAGAGAGGUCUGUCGAUGCUCGAUUUGGGGAUCUCGAUAAGUUUGGAACUGAUGAACAAAGUGCUCAUAGAGCCACUGAUAAACUUUUAGAUCGGUCAAAAGAUAAGGCCAGUGAAAGACAUGACAAGGAUUACAAGGAAAGAUCAGAGCGAUCAGAUAAGUCCCGUGGAGAUGAUUUAGCUGAGAAACCAAGAGACAGGUCAAUGGAAAGAUAUAGUAGGGAGCGUUCUGUUGAGAGGGCUCAGGAGAGGAACAGUGAGAGAAAUUUUGAUAGACUUUCUGAGAAAGCUAAGGAGGAUAGGAGUAAAGCACGCUACAAUGAUACAUCUGUAGACAAGUCUCAUGCUGAUGACAGGUUUCAUGGGCAAAGCUUGCCUCCACCACCACCCUUACCUCCUCACAUGAUUCCCCAAUCUGUUAAUGCUGGUAGAAGGGAUGAAGAUGUUGAUAGAAAGUUUGGAACUACAAGACACUCGCAAAGACUUUCUCCUAGACAUGAAGAGAAGGAACGGAGACGAUCUGAGGAAUCCUUGCUUUCGCAAGAUGAUGCAAAGCGGAGAAGGGAGGAUGAUUUUAGAGAUAGAAAGAGGGAAGAUCGAGAAGGGUUGUCUAUGAAGGUGGAGGAGAGGGAUAGAGAGAGGGAAAGAGAGAGAGAAAAGGCAAACCUUUUGAAGGAGGACAUAGAUGCAAGUGCAGCUUCUAAAAGGCGGAAACUCAAAAGGGACCAUCUGACAUCAGGAGAAGCUGGUGAGUAUUUACCGGUUGGUCCACCACCUCCUUCUAACAUCAAUAUAUCACAAUCAUUUGAUGGGAGAGAUAGGGGAGAUCGGAAGGGGGCUGUGAUCCAGCGUGCUGGUUACUUGGAGGAGCCCAGUUUGAGAGUUCACGGUAAAGAAAUGGCCAGCAAGAUGACUCGUCGUGACAUUGACCCGAUGUAUGAGCGCGAAUGGGAUGAUGAGAAGAGGCAAAGAGCUGAGCAAAAGCGAAGGCAUCGGAAGUAGGUUUCGUAAAAGCUUGACCAGUGCUGCAUUUUUAGCUCACCACUGGUGUAAUUUAUUCAUCUUUUUGUGCUUGAUUAGUGGUUCACAUCCUCAAUCUCAUGUGUUGUAAUAGAUCGGUUUUUUUUUUUCUUGUAAGAAAUUUUGGGUGUCUUUCAUCCUUGAAGAAGUCCAUUUAUUGGCUAUAUAGUUAGUGGUUAAAACCCAUGUACAGUACUGUAAUUUCUUGCACCAAAUUAUCAUAAUUUUAUUUACUGCCAUCUAUUCACCAUGUUC